AACAGACCAAUCAAACAGAGCAAUUCUGAUCUCUUUCUCCGGCUUAAUCUCGAUUCUGCGAUUAGGGUUUCGAUUUUCCCGGCAGAAACCGCGAAAUUCAGUGAGGAAUCGAUCGAGAAAGAAGUAGGAGAAGAUGUGGCACGAAGCGAGGAAAUCGGAGAGAAAGGUGCACGACUUGAUGGACGCCGCCCGGAAGAGGGCCCAGCGGAGGGCCGUCUUUCUGGCCAAACGGCGUGGCGACCCUCAGCAGUCGAUUCAGGUGAUCGGCUCCCGUUGCCGGAUGUACCGCGACGACGGCCUGUACCAGGCCACCCAGGACCAGCAAGGCCUGAUACCUUGGAAUGGGAAAGAGGAUAUAUUGAUCGACAGAUUUGACGGGCGUGCCCUGCUGGACUUCAUUCGAGAGCCUCGGCAUGGUCGUGCAAAGGAGAAGUCUGAGGAAGAAGAGGAAUUAGAAGAGUUUGUUAAUUUUGAGCGAUACCGGGAUUUAAUUAAGCAUCGACGUAGAGGAUUUUCCGAUGCGGAGGGUUUGCAAUAUGUUCACCAAGAAAUGGAGGCAAAAGUUACUGCAUUAUUGGCCCCUGACAGAUCUCAGCAGCAGCAGACUCCUGCAAACAAGGGUUCAUAUUCACAAGUGGGGUUUUCUUAUGAUGGUGAUGCCAAAGAGGAGAAUGCCUAUUCAGAUGGGGAUGAUGAGGACAAUGAUGAUGAUGAAGAGGAUGAGGAAGAUGAUUUUAACAGUUGCGAUAGUAAUGAUGAGGGUAUGGAUUCAAUAGCCAAAGAAUUUGGGGUGAAAAGGUAUGGUUGGCUUGUGCACAUGGAUAAAAAAGCGAAAGAGGAAGAGAAGAGGCAGAAAGAAGUGAUCAAAGGAGAUCCUUCAAUUCGAAAGCUUAGUCGAAAAGAGAGAAGGAAGGCUUCUCAAAUAGAAAGGGAGAGGGAGAGAGAGGCUGCAAGAAUGUCAGGAGCCAGGGCUCUUCAUCAUGACCCUUACAGGGAGCAUAGGCGGAGUCCAACUUACGAAGCCUAUCCUCGCUCCAGAAGGUUGAGAUCACGGUCACGUUCCUAUUCACCUCCACACUCAAGGCGCCACAGUCGCGGAGGGCAUGUUGAUGACAGUCAUAGAAGCAAGCCAAGGAGUCCUAAGAUAGAGUAUAUUACAGAAUUUGGAGGCUGUGGCAAUUCAGAGGGGCCAAAGUUUGAAGGACUUUCUCCGCCUUCAUCUCCCCCUAUACAUCAGGCUGAUGCUUUGAGCCGGCCUUCAUCAUCGGUUCACAUACUUGAAGCGCUUCAUGUUGAUCCUGCAUCUGGACUUUCCCUUGACAAGGAUAAGAGCAGUAAACUGCCCAAACCAUCAGCAAGCACCUCUUCGGCUUUGGCAAAGUUGACCAGGGCUACAAGCUCAACAGGGCCUUUGAAGCAACAAGGAGAGAAAAAAGAAACUCCUCAAGAACGACUUAAAAGGAUAAUGAGCAAGCAGCUGAAUAAACAAAUUAAAAAAGAUUCUGCUGUUGAAAUGGCUAAGAAACGGGAGCACGAGCGACAGAGGCUGGAAAAACUUGCAGAGACCAAACGAGUGAGUCGUUACAGGUAUAGGAGCCGCAGCAGGAGCUACAGUCGCUCUCCUCCAAGGAGGUACCGAAGGAGCAGAAGCCGGAGCAGAAGUAGAAGCCUGAGCAGGAGCAGGAGCAGAAGCACUCGAAGACGCUAUUCCCGAUCCCACUCUCGUUCUCGAUCACGUUCUUGGUCCCGAUCAUCUUCGGGUCCUCGCAUACGCUCUCGAUCUCGCUCUCAUUCUCUGUCUAGAUCACCGAGGGUAAGGAGCCGUUCAAGGUACUGAAUGGGUUCUUCGUUGAGGUCAUCGAAUUGACGGGCUCAGUGUGUGAACUGUUCGCGGCCAGUCAGUCUCUUGUUAGCAUUGUAACUAUCUGCUCUUAGAUAUCUGUUGUGUUUGGUGAUGCCUCUAGAAGAUGGAGAAAGUAGAAAGUUGCUUGUGAGUGAUAUUUAUCUGAGGUUUCUAUCUUCAUGAACCCCUUAAUGAUGAGAAAUGGAUAAUGAUUAAAUGUAGUUAAUAAUGAUAUUUUCCUUAAUUUUUUUCUAAUGUGUAGAAGGUAGAUGAAGCGCAUAGGUGUGGUGUAUCUGUCUUGGGCUUAUUAAAUUUUAAUUUCAGUAUACUAUAUCUUUAAUCCAAAGAGUGUAUAAAAUAAUUGCUAUAGUUUGGUAGA